UAUUUGUCUUUCAGUAUCAAACCUAUAAAAUCAAGAAAGAAGGCAAAGAAAACAUUUAUCCCUUUGUGUUUAAUGACGUCAUGGGUCUGGAGGAAAAAACUGGAGUCAAGGAAGAAGACAUCAAACUGGCAUUGAAGGGUCAUGUGAUGGAUGGUUAUAAGUUCAAUCCUGUAUCUUCUCUUUCUGAUGGUGAUCAUGGUUACAACUCUUCUCCAUCCAUCAGUGACAGAGUUCAUGUUCUGGUCUGCAUUUAUGACGCUAAUGCAUCAGAAAUGAAGGAGCCUGUUUUACAGAAGAUGAAGAAAAUCAGAGAAGCAGCCAGUGAGCUCGGAAUCCCUCAGAUGGCGAUUCUCAGCCACGUUGAUACAGCCUGUGGGGAAACAGAGAAAAAUCUGAAAAACGUCUACAAGAGCAAACAUUUAAAGAAAAAAAUGGGUGACUUCAGCUCCAGCCUGGGGAUCCCAUAUCAAACUUAUAAAAUCAAGAAAGAAGGCAGGGGAAACUUUUGUCCCUUUGUGUUCAAUGACAUCAUGGGUCUGGAGAGGGGAGAUGGAAGAGGAGUCAGAACAGACGACAUCAAACUGCCUUGA